CGGAAGUGAUCGGUGUAAACACUGUACAUUUGGAGGUGAGAGUGUUUCCUCCGAUGCAGCAGAGAAAUGUCUAGAAACACGAGAAUAGCGUUGGUGUUUGGAGGCUUCGUAACGGCCGUAGCCGCUGCGUUUUACCCCAUCUUCUUUUACCCUCUGACGCAUGGAGACGAAUACAGACAAGUCCAAAAGGUUAACCGGGCUGGAAUCAACCAGGCAGAUGUACAGCCUGUGGGUGUGAAGAUAUGGUCUGAUCCAUUCAAGCCUGCUGAUAAAUGAUGACCAGUGACAGCAAACCCUUCACUGAUCCCAAACACUGAUGUUGAUGAAGACUUCGACUGGAGACUGUGUAUUUUUUUUGAUUGGUUGAUAUGUGUGUGAAUGAAUGAGUUCAAGAUGUGUUUAUUUUGAUUGUUGAGUGAUACCUAGCCUCUUAAAUAAAGUUCAAAGGUGUAAGUACAA